CACAGUGCCCCAUGCCACAUGGCACACGCAGCCAUGGAGCAGGCCCAGAAAGUGGCAUGCUAGACUCAAGCAGAGAACUGUUGCUUCCAAAAGAACCAUUAUCAGUGGUUCAUGGAUUACUUUUUGUUUUUUUAUGUUUUAGUCCACUCCAACGCUUGCAGUGAAAUAAAUCUAUCCACUUAAUAAUAACUUGGGUAGAAAACUAAAAUCUUUCAGUCCUAGUAUUCGCUUAGAUAAGGCUUGUCUUCACUCUUCAGUCAAUCUAUAGUUCCUGUCAGGGCCCAGCAGAGAUAAUAUCGCAUCUCAUGUAGUGCAGCAUACGCAUAGUACAUUCGUACAUAACACCUUCGGUCUAGCACAAUAAUGUCGGGCACCUUUGUUGUUUAGAUUAAGUUUUGUAUCGGCACGAUUUUACAUAAUUUUGUUCAUGUGUUUGACGACACUCGUUUUUCCUUUACUGCAAGCCCCCAGACAGGUCUCACACACUAUCUCCUUGUUGUGCUUGUCUUAGCUUUUCAAGUAGACUAGCAAGUGAUGACCUCAGCAAGCUACAGCAGAGUUCUUGUCCACCUACGUCGGGCAACUCAAGGAGUGUACACUUGUGCCCAGUUUGAUGAAUGUUUGCUAGAUUCUCUGGGCCUGGCUGGAGAGGGGCUGGUUGAGUGCUCCCUCCAAGACAAUAAGCUGCUACUAAAGGGUCCGCCAGAAAAUGAUUCCGCAUCAGCUUGUAAUGCUAGACCGCCUCUUUAUAAAAUCAUGCACCCACCAUUCUGUCCCAUUCAGCACCUGGACAAGAAGGGGCGGGAUGACCUUCCUGCAGAGAUAAAGACGCGAGGGGUGGACGUCGGGGUGGCAGUGCUCCUCGAGUCUAGUGACCACAGGCUCCUACUCACUCAUCGGGCUGGACACAUGCGGACCUUCCCUGGCAUCUGGGUGCCUCCAGGGGGCCAUGUGGAGGACGGAGAGAGUCUUGUGGAUGCUGUGCUGCGGGAGCUGAAUGAGGAGACGGGAUUAGAGGUGACAGAAGAGGAGAAAAAGAGCAGCCACAUCCUGGGUCUGUGGGAGUCUGUCUACCCGCCAGUGCUGGCCAUGGGGGAACCCAAGAGACACCAUGUGGUGGUGUACCUACAUAUCACCGUCAGCAGGCCAUCACAACAGUUGAAUAAAGAGUUCAAGCUGUGUCCAGAAGAGGUUGAUGCAGCAGCCUGGUUGUCGGUGGAUCUCAUCAAGCAUUCUGUGUGGAGCAAAGAUCAGCUUGAAAAAGCGGGGCUGGAAGACAACAACGACCACAUUCCCAUCACACUUGUCAACCAGGAGGGAGAACAUUUAGAGGCUGAUUUGGAUCCAUCUAUUCUCACAAAACAGCAGGAACCAAAUGCACUGACUAUAGACAGAAUCAGCACAGGAAGCAGAUAUGCUCUGUCCUUGUGGCUGACUCAGCACUUGGAAGGUUCAGGUGAAGAAGCUUCCCAAGAGUGGCUGUAUGGAAAGUACAUGAAGGCAAACAAUACAAAAGUUUCUGAAUCAAAAUUCUAAUAACUACACAGUACUCUAUCAGCAGGUUAGGUUUUAUUAGACAGGGUGGAAUCCAAAGCUUUUUGUCUUAUCAACUCCCCCUCUCUGACUGACUGUCUUCAUUAUCUUCUUACCACUGAAGUGUUGCAUCCCUUUUCUAUCUUUUAUUGCUAUUUUCA